UGACAGUUGACAUUGUCAGAACAGAAGAACAUCACAGCACAGGUUAAUGAAUUUUUGUGCAUGUUUGUUUGAGAGGUUAUUAUUUAUAAUUUUUCAAAAUAAAUUUAAAAUUACUCAUAAACAUACAAUGAAAGAAAAUGAAUACAAAGAUAAAAAGAAACACAAGAACAAUAAAAUUCGGCUUUACAAACCAAAAAAGAAAAAGAGUGCCGAGGAGGACGCGGCUAUACAAUUUUUACAAGCUCAAUAUGAAAAGAUAAUUCCAGAUGAAUUAAAAACGUUUAAAGAUUUCCCACUUUCUCAAAAAACGUUAAAGGGUUUAAAAGAGAACAACUAUACUAUUCCGACGGAAAUCCAGCGACAGGCUAUUGGUUACACGCUUCAGGGCAAGGACAUCUUGGGAGCCGCCAAGACUGGCUCCGGCAAAACAUUGGCUUUCCUAGUGCCCAUACUUGAAGUGCUAUUUUGUAAAAAAUGGACCCGGUAUGAUGGUGUUGGAGCCCUUGUUAUAUCUCCGACCAGGGAACUAGCCUACCAGAUAUAUGAAACUUUACGAAAAAUAGGACACUUUCAUGAUUUCUCUGCCGGUUUGAUCAUUGGUGGUCAAAAUCUCAAAUUUGAACGGAAAAGAAUGGACCAAAUGAAUAUUUUAAUAUGCACUCCUGGACGACUACUACAACAUAUGGACGAAAAUCCUUUGUUCAAUUGUGAUCAUCUGCAAAUUUUAGUCCUAGAUGAAGCUGACAGAUGUUUAGACAUGGGAUUUGCACAGACAAUGAAUGCCAUUAUAGAAAAUUUGCCACCAGAGAGGCAAACAUUGCUAUUCUCUGCUACUCAAACAAAAUCUGUCAAGGACUUGGCUCGACUCAGUCUAUCUUUUCCAACAUAUGUGGCUCCUCACGAGCAAGCCGAUACUGUCACACCAGAGUCCCUCCAACAGAGUUACAUUGUGUGCGAAGUUGAUGAAAAGAUUGGCAUCCUUUGGUCUUUCAUCAAGAACCAUCUAAAACAAAAAGUCUUAGUAUUCAUGGCAACCUGCAAGCAAGUCAAAUAUACUUACGAAUUAUUCUGUAAGCUCCGGCCUGGCGUCAGUCUGCUAGCAUUGUAUGGUACUCUUCAUCAAGAGAAGAGAGAAAAAAUUUACAAUGAGUUUUGCAGGAAAUCAAAUGUUGUAUUGUUUGCCACAGACCUUGCAUCCCGUGGUUUGGAUUUCCCUAGAGUUAAUUGGGUGAUUCAGAUGGAUUGUCCAGAAGAUGUUCAGACCUAUAUACACAGAGCUGGUCGCACGGCCCGAGGAGUGUUUGGUAAAGGUGAAGGGCUACUGAUGUUAUUGCCACAUGAAGAGAAAAUUGUUGAUGAUUUAAAACAAAGCAAAAUUCCUAUAAAUAAAAUCUCAGUAGAUCCAUCAAAAGUAGUUGCACCACAGAGAAAAAUUGAAGCUUUACUUUCUGACAAUACAGAGUUGAAACAGAGUGCUCAAAGGGCUUUUAUGAGUUAUGUAAGAUCAGUCUUUUUAAUGAAAAAUAAGGAAAUAUUCAAUAUACAACUCCUAGAUACUGAUGCUUAUGCUAGAUCAUUAGGAUUAAUUGUACCUCCAAGAAUAAAGUUUAUGCAUAAAAAUAAUAAACUUAUGGCUGGGACUGAGAAAGAAAAUGAAAAAGAAGAAGAUAAAUUAAUGGAGAAAUUAAAUGCUGGCGAUGAUAGUGGUGAUGAAAGUGCUUCAGAUGAUGAUGAUACAGUCAUAGAGAAAGACACAGUUAUGAAUAAUUUAACAGACAUUAGAAAACAAUCAAAAAAACAAUUGGAAAAGUUUGAAUUCCACAAUGAAGACAGUGAUGAAGAUGAUUUCCUUCAAGUUAAGAAAGUUGAUGUAGAUGUAGACACAAACGUUAUGGAGCUAGAAGAGCAUAAAUCUAAGAAAAAGGCAAAGCCUUUGACUAAAGCAGCAGUUGCUAAGAAAAUACUGAAGAAGAAAAUAAAAGUAAAUACUACAGUGAAAUUUACAGAAGAGGGAGAAGCAAUAGGGGAUGAGAAGAAAGAUGUUAAAUCAGAAUUAGCUAAACAGUUUGUAAAUGAGAAUGUGGGUGGUAUUGACAUUGAGAGAGCGAAACAAGUGCUGCAAGAGGAAGACAAGUUUGAUAAGAUACGGUUCAGAGAGAAAGUCAAAGCUAAACAUAAAGAACAAAAGAGAAAAUUAAAGAAUAAAAAGAAGGAAGAAGAGGGAGAGAAGGAUGACUUUGGAUCACAGUCUGAAUCAGAUGGACCUGAUCUGUCUUGGUUGCCUGAUCCUGACAAAGUGUAUGGGAAAGCUGAGGGAAGCGAAGCAGGUUCUGAUGACGAUAUAAGUAAUGCUGUAUCAGAUGAUGGUGAUUCAUUUGAAGAGGAUAAAGAUGAGAAAUUCCAUAGGCCUACAAAACGGAAACUGGUGGAAAGCCGCGGCAUCCCGCAGGAGAGCGUCGCGCCGCGGAAGGUCAAGAAAGUUCAAGACAUCUCGAAGUCACUUUCGGUGCAAGAGGCCGAGCUUCUGGCGAUGCAGCUACUCCAGAAGAAGUAGUAGUUCUAUAUUUAAGAUGUUACAAUAAAUUGAUUUUAUCAA